AUGGGAUUGGUUUGUUCUUCCCACAAUCAUAAACCUCACAAUUCUAAAAUCAACUUAAUCAAAUUGCAUAUUAUGAUUGCAGAGAAUUUCAUUAAUAUUUUCAAAUAAUUGGAUUUAUCUAUCGAUAUUCCUGAUGAUCUUCGAUAUAAUUUAAAUCAAUUAUUUAUACUGAGUUGUAAAUUAAAGCAUUGUAUUGUACGUUUAAAUAAACGAUACUCUGAUUAUCACUUUAGUCAAUUAGAAAAUGAACUCAAAAGAGUUAUUCAAUAUUUAAACAUUAUAUUAUAGGAUGAUUAGCUAGAAUUAUAUUUUCCAAUAAUAUAUACAUUUUAGAUAGAAUCAUGGGAUAUACACAAAUAAAAUUUGAAAUAAUAAGUAUUAUAAAGAGAGAAUGACAAUAUUAAAUUAAAUUUAUAAAUUUGA